CAACCUGUUUUCUGUACCUGGUUCAGAAACAACAUCCAGGGAUGUAUUCCUGAAACUUGAUGAGGCUGUCAUUAUAGUGUCUUCUGAUGACCUUGAAGAACUUCUCAAUUGCCCAGAUGCUUUUGAGAAGUGUCUACCAAAUUGUGUCAACUCAGUGUCUGAUGCUUGCUAAUACUGAGAUUUUUUUUCUCUCCCUUUUCUAUCCCCUUUCCCCUGAUAUUUUUCCACAGGAAUUAAAUUUCUCCCUCUCUGAGGUUCUUCCACUUCCAGUAUGGAGGUGAAUCAAGAAAAACUGUGCACCGGUAAGGCUGAUGUGAGCGCAGAUUCUGCAUAUCAUUGCUCAGCGUGUCACGAUGAUGAGGAGUGGAGCAGUACUAGCCGGGGACGAGCUAAGUCACGAAGCCUAUCUGCUUCUCCAGCCCUAGGAAGCACCAAAGAAUUCAGGAGAACACGCUCCUUGCAUGGACCAUGCCCAGUGACCACAUUUGGACCAAAGGCCUGUAUGCUGCAAAAUCCUAAAGCGAUUAUGCACAUUCAGGAUCCAGCAAGCCAGCGGUUGACAUGGAACAAACCUCCCAAGAGUGUCCUUGUUAUUAAAAAGAUACGUGAUGCCAGUCUGCUGCAGCCUUUUAAAGAGCUCUGUGUGUAUCUUACUGAGGUGAACAAUAUGAUAGUGUACGUAGAAAAAAAAGUUUUGGAAGACCCUGCUAUAGCUAAUGAUGAUAAUUUUGGACCAGUGAAGAAGAAAUUUUGUACCUUUAGAGAAGAUUAUGAUGAUAUCUCCAAUCAGAUAGACUUUAUCAUAUGCCUGGGAGGAGAUGGGACCUUACUUUAUGCUUCUUCACUUUUCCAGGGUAGUGUACCUCCAGUUAUGGCUUUUCAUCUGGGAUCCCUUGGAUUUCUUACUCCAUUUAAUUUUGAGAAUUUUCAGUCCCAAGUCACUCAGGUUAUAGAAGGCAAUGCAGCACUUGUUCUGCGAAGCAGGCUGAAAGUGAAAGUAGUAAAAGAGCACAGAGAGAAGAUGACAGUACAAAAUGGUAUAGAAGAAAAUGGAGUGGUGCCUACGAAUAUAGAGAAAGAAGUGGGCAAGCAAAUUAUGCAGUAUCAGGUCCUAAAUGAAGUUGUUGUGGAUCGUGGUCCUUCUUCUUACCUUUCCAAUGUAGACGUCUUUCUAGAUGGACACCUGAUAACAACAGUGCAAGGAGAUGGAGUCAUCGUCUCCACACCAACUGGUAGUACUGCGUAUGCAGCUGCUGCAGGAGCGUCUAUGAUUCAUCCGAAUGUUCCUGCAAUAAUGAUCACCCCAAUCUGCCCUCAUUCGUUGUCUUUCAGACCUAUAGUUGUUCCUGCUGGAGUGGAACUCAAGAUAAUGCUCUCCCCGGAUGCCAGGAAUACAGCAUGGGUUUCAUUUGAUGGAAGGAAGAGACAGGAAAUAUGCCAUGGAGACAGUAUUAGCAUCACUACCUCUUGCUAUCCCCUUCCUUCGAUCUGUUUCCGAGAUCCUGUGAGCGACUGGUUUGAAAGCUUGGCUGAGUGUUUACACUGGAAUGUUCGGAAGAAGCAAAAUAACUUUGUUGAAGAAGAAUUUUGAGAGUCUACAUCUAAUGACUCAUGGGAAUGGAAAGUGGCAGUAUCCCUUUUAUAUGCUUUUAAAGUUUUUGCUAACGUGUGUGGUCACCAUCUCAGACACAUAUAUAGCGAUAUACUUUAUAUCCGUCUGAUCUGCUGAUGGCUGGAAAUAUUGUGCUACUUCCUGUCCAGCAGGAAAAGAAAUGGAAGAAGUGAGGCUCUGAUUGUUGUAAUGCAGUUUGAUGAAUUUCCUUUAAAUGAGCAGUCUGAAAAUGGGUUAUUUCAGAUUGGUAUUGACAACCACAUCUGUAGGUUUGAUUGUAACACAACUUACCAAUAAUGUGGUAGGCUGUAUGUAGAUACAUAAUAGAAAAGUGGCAGUAGAAAAGAGGCAUGAAAAUAGUCUGUUUAAUUUGUUAUAUAUGUAAUUCCAUUUGUUAAGACAUCUAUGCAUAUAAAAGCUCUAAAAAUUACUUUAAAAAAAUAAAGCACUUCUUUUUUUAGCUUAAAUACACCUCCCCCAGAACACCUCCCUAUUAAGACAGCUUAAAAUACUUUUUUCUUACUUGCAAAUGUGACAAAACCUGUGAAGGAACACAGCUGUUUUUAUGAAUAGAUGAAAAUAGUGUUAAAAAAGUAUACAUAUAUAUCUCCAUAAGAUAUAUAGUGCUCAUGAAGAAUGUUUUUUGUGAAUAGAUGGAAUUAGUGAAAACUAAAUAACACAUGCACAAACACGUGCACACAGUGCCCAUUUGUUUGAACGGUGUUUGACCCUUAGCUGUCAUCACUGUGUAAAUAUCCUCCACUAGCAUGGACGAGCAUUUGCUUGUGCUGGGUUGGUUAUUUCAGUGAUCUUCAUUUUUGCAGCUGAGCUAGUUUGUAGCUCUGCAGCUCCUGUUGGUGGGAAUCAUCAAUGUGUUGAUUUUAUUUUUGUUGAUUCUCUAGAACAAAUGGUAGUGUUAGGGACAAUAUAGUAAAAAAUAAAAUAAAAUCUCGAGGUAUUCAAGAAGAAUCUGGACUUAACUUACUACUAUAUUGCAUAGUGCUACUAUUUUGUUGAAGACAAUAGUGUCCUGAAUGCCCUUAACUUCCACAGAUAUCUUCCAACUCUGGGUGCUGAGUAAUACAGAAAGGGAUACUGCAUUGGUAGGCUGAUAAAUGAGAGGACACAUUCCCAGUAGAGUAGCAAUGGUGCCUUCAGCACAUUCAAGAUAUUCUAAGUCUCAUAUGUACUUUUUUUAAGAUGCUUUCAAAUGUUUCUAACUUCUCUGUACAUAUUUUAUUGUAUGUGCUUUUAUGAAAAAAAAAUAGUUUGGGAAAAAGAAAAGGGUUUGUACUGUACUUUAACUGAAAAAAACAAACCCAAGAAUAAUGUUUACAUUUAUGUUCUCUGUGGUGCAGUCUCAUGGUCAUACUACCCAAACUUCAGCAUUUUCACAGUGUUGCUGCGUUGGCCAUUGAAGGAGUGGACAUUAUCAGUUAAAUUUAAGCCUGCGUAAUAAAAUUGCAGAGGAGAUAAUUUCUUACCGAAGAAGGUGGGAUUUCCUUGAAAGUGGAGUGAGAAGCUGUGUUAACUUUUCAUGAUUGUCUUAUGUUGUUUAUGUGGUCCAAAGUGGUAAUGGGAAAUGUAUUAACUUCUGAACUCUGCCUAACGUGCUGUGCUCUAAUGGUUUAAAUAAUGUCUCUUCCAUUUUGGAUGCUGCCCUAGUCUGUCUAAUUUUAUUAAAUCAAGAUGAGAGCACUUUUCCAUAAAAGAGGAGCAAACUCUUAGUUAAUGAUUAAAAAAUAUCACAAUGAAAUAGUGUUAAUAUAAAUGAAUAUUCAUUUUGUAAAUUUUGUAGAAUAGAAUAUUGGUUUACUUUGGUCUAAACAGAAAAAUUUUGUGAUAUCUUGAGAAUGUCAAGAUAGCUUUUGAGAUUUAUCUUUCACUUGAAUCUGCAUUAAUUGUUUUAUCACUGUUUUGAAGCUGCUUACGGGUUUUCUAAGCUGGGGUAUUCAGUUAUUAAAUAGCUGUUUACUUUUUGAGCUAUGAAAAAAGCAUCAAACUUUUUGCUUUGAAACUAUUCUUUUAUUUAAACAUGCAAUAACUGAGAAGAGGAACAGGGUAUAGUGGCUAAAUAAAUAUAUUGUUUAGUGAAAAAUAAGCAGAAUACCAGGCACACUAGGAAGUGGAAAUCAUUUUGUGGAGGUGAGGUGAAAUUAAUGAGCCUUAUCUAUCUAGUAUUUUUGUAAAGAUAAAACUAUAUUCAGCACUUUUUAUUUAUGCUUUUAUAAUAGUAAAACUAUCAUUUAAUAAAUUGUAGAACUUUAAUUUGCAGAGUGCAUAGUUCAUGAAAUGUAAACGAAACUUACCUAUUUCUUCUAAAUCAGAUCUGCUGGAGUUGUCUUUAAAUUUAUCACGUACUGCAAUUGAAUUACUGGCUUUGAAGCUUCUGCAGUUUUGCUUGUACAACUUUUCCUGCUUGAUAACAAUAUUAUUUGGAUCACUGCUCAGCCUAGUAGAGAACUACAAUCACUGACCACAGGAAAGUAAGUCAUAUGAUGGCUUUAGUCCUUUGCUUUUUCUUCAGAAAAGCUCCUUUGAUUAUAAUUGUACUAGCUGCUUUGUAUCAAAAUGCAACACAAAUUACUUGUGUUAAUACAUUAUGAAUUUAUUGAAUUGUACAAAGUCUCUUUUCAAGGCCUUUAAUCUGCAAACCAGCAAUUCGCAAGCAGGCUAGUGAAGUUUGAUCAGCACUCAAGUUUUCUGCAUGUUUAACUGCUUGAAGUAUGGGUAACACGUUCAAACUACACCUGAAUGAUAAAAGCUCUAACACAGACUGGGUUAUAUUGGAGGUAAAAGCUUAUUUUGCUGAUGUAGCUUAAUCAAACUAGUUUAAACUGUAUUAGUAAAACAGAGUUUUGCUGGUUUAUUUUUAUUUUUUAAUAUGAGGGUUGGAAAUAUCACUGUACCUGUAAACAUUUUCCAGUCUACAUAGGGCCAAAAUGGAAGCUUGGAAAUUGGUUAAAAAGAAAAAAGUCUCUACUAGAGAGUUCAAGUUAUUAAAAACUGGUGGGGUAUGGUAUAAAGCAGAGUGUACUGAAUUUUUGAAAGAGGAAAAAUCUUGUUACAUAUUGUUAAUGCUUUGAAAACUUGUUUUAAAUAUUGUUGAAAUCAAAUAUUUUUCAAUCCUUUCAAUAAAAUCUUUUUUGUAAAGUUGGA